AUGGCAUCAUCAUCGUCCUCAUCGACGGCAAGAUACAGGAGAAGGGUUGCUUUAUUGAGGCAACCUAGUCGCGAGGACAACUAUGAACCGCCAAUGAGGUAUUGCCAUCAUGGGUUAGUAGCUCCCCGAUGGACGGCGUGGACUGAUAAUAACCCAGGUAGGAGGUUUUAUGGCUGCCCAAACUAUGACCAGGAUGGGGGAUGUGGCUAUUUCUCUUGGCAUGAUGGGGACUUCGGUGAGAGGGCAAACAUUGUGAUCAAGGAGCUAUUAGAUGAUAUUGACAGACUAUAUGAUGAAAGUAGCAAGAACCAAAGAGGAGAGCAUGGGCGGAGACUAAGUGAAGAACUCAAUGUAAUUCACAGUGAAUUGAAGAAGCUUAAACACAGACAUGAGCUGAAUGAUGUGGAAGUGAGGAAGAGGGAAAAUAAGUUUAGAAGAGCAAUGUUAGUGUCUGUAAUGAUAUCGGUUGCGGUAGUUGUUUUGUAUUUGACAAAGUAG